AUGGAACCACCAAAGAGACAUAUCCAUACCAGCUUCCGGGUGAUAGCCGAGAAAGAUUUCUUCAAAAUUCACGAGUACACGCAGAAUAUUAUGCGAGAUUGGGAAAUCAUGGCAGAAAACGUAGUGCUGUGUCCCAACUACUCAAUGGCCUACUACAGUGAAAUUGAAAAAUUCUCUUAUAAAUAUUUCAUUUUGGAUCACAUCGAUACGGGUUACGACAAGAAGACAUGCAAAACCAAACCGUUGUCGGAAAUGGCGGAAUCAGGAGAGAUGUGGAGCAGUAUGACGGCUUGUGGAAAACAUCACGAGAGAAAUCUCUAUCUUCGCCUUCUGCCACCAGCCGCUGCCGGUACAAAAGGAGAUAACCGAAUAUUUCUCGACGACGUGCUGGAAAUUAUUCCACUGAUUCUCAGAAAACAAGCACCCAAAAUAGAUUAUAAAAUAGAGGAAAAAUUGGAAAAUUUGAAAAGUCAAGCAAGCAAAGAAUCUCAUAUUUACGACACAAUCACCGUCGCCGAGUUGAACGAAGUAUUUCAGCAUUUCGAUUGGGAUAAGAGCAAGCUUACGCUCGUCGACGAUCCAAUCUCCAUUAUCACUAGAAACGAGAUGCAGGAAACUUUCGGCUACGUUCGGACAUGUGCACCCGACAGUGUAGAAGUGAUGGACCAGAUUCAAGCGGUCUUCUUCACAUUUCAUUGCUUUGUGAAUGGAGUCAACUGGAAAAAGAAUGAUUGUGAAAAGCAUGAAUGGUGUCUGCUCACUUUGAGAGAAAGGAUUAUAAAGUUGAUGAAGAAAUUCGCUUAUUUUAAGAAGGGCUGCUACAUUCGUUUCAGCUACAUCCUCGAGGAGUUCAAAACACUCCAGAAAGAGUGUCCUGACAUUUACAUCAAAAAACGAAUCACUCUCGACUACGCCUUCCAAGACUUCCUACCCAAUGACUGUAUUCCAAUGUAUCACUAUAAAAACGUGUGUGCACUCUAUGAUUUGGAACCAAAAGCACGGACAUCAGACAAGGAACUGCAAGUUUGGAAGGCUCGAUUGCUCCUUCAGUCGUCGUGGAUUGACCAAUUCUUUCCGGACAGGAAUAAAGAUACAGAUAUCCGCCCAAUGUUGGACAACUCGUUGUUCUUCUUCAUUUCAGCAAAAGACAACCCGGGAUUCAUAGAAAGUCUGGCUGAGUUGCUUUAUGGAAAGUCGGCUCUUCCAGCACCAAACGCACCACCGGGCAUUGAGAAGCCGUCAGUGAGUGAAGAUUCGAGUAAAAUGAUGUCAAUAUCUUCCACCACUUGCUCAACGCCUGGAUCUGGAACAAACUGCUUGAAAUGCAGAAAUCAUCAAAGUCAUAUUGCAUCGGCUAAAAAGGAGUUGUUGGGCAUCGAAGAGAACACGAAAGCGUUUGAUAAGAUUUCCAAGAAGUACGAAACCCUUAUAAUAACCGAAGACAAGAACGAACAGAAGCUUGAAAUGAUGAGACGAAAAAUCAGGCAGUUGGAAAUCAGAUCAGCCAACAAGACUUUCAAUAAAGAACUCCAAAAAGUAAACGAAACCCUCAAAAACGAGAUUAUUGACUUGGAAGUUCAGAAACAAAAAAGACUACAAAAGUAUGCUGACCCUGAUCCGAACCUACUGAACACUGUUCUGGAGAAACGACGUAGACUUUUAAUUCUCCAAGAAGAAAAUAAGAAACUCCUGGCUCAAGAUGGAAAUCAAUUCGCUGAGAUCAGAGAAACUGUUCACAGUCGAGCAACUAACUCCUAA